AUGCUUCGCUAUCCAACUAUCCCCAUCAUCUCCGAAAGCGAGACAGACUACUCCGACACAGGCAUCUCCAUUGAAGCCCGUUCCCCGCGUCGACGUACGUCAUUCAGAAGACGCUCUGUGUCCCGUCAGCGCCGGCCCGACUAUAGCAACGCCUACUUGAACCCGGUGGUCCAAGACCUUGGUGGUCUACAGAGGUCCGCCUCGACGGGCGCCCGUCGACUUAACCACCGCGACCAUCACCGGGAGCCCGAACAUCCACAGCGGGACUACGACAUGCUCGUCGACCAGCAGAUGCUGCAGCGGAACAAUACUCGGCAAGACCUAGAGCUCAUGGAGCAGCAGGCAGAGAUUGAACGGUUGGAGAAGGAGCUCGCGCAUCAUCGUGAGGAGCACAAAGCCCACGAUGAUGAAUGUCUGAAUCACAGUCAUGAGCACCGUCUCGUCAGCGAGGAAGACUUGGAGCCCAUGAAGCAGCAGGCAGAGAUUGAACGGUUAGAACGGGAGCUCGCGCGUCGUCAUGAAGAGCACGAAUCCCAUAGCAGGAUUGACCAUGUGUUUCCGGUCGGAGGAUAUCAGCUUGUCCUGAGUCCGCAUGUCGUUAAAGAUUCAACAGUGCAUUUCGAGAUGGAUAUCGAGGAGGAUUUCGAGGCCCAGCUGGAGGAGUUUUCGCGGUUGAAACGACUAGGUCUAUUUAGCGCUGCUUGGGAGAUGUUCCAAAGCGAGUUGGCAGAGCAUACGGCAUACUCUUUCCCUGUUCUCAUCGAGUAUGCAGACAUGCUGUAUGAGCAGGGCCAUUAUCGUGCUCUCCUGGACCUGAUGCGCGAGUACAGUCAGCAUUUGGCCAAAUGGAAAGUCAGUGGCAGCGAUCAGAUGCUAUUCACACUGAACGAAGCGUUAGCAGAGACGCUUUCCGGCGGAUAUUCAGGCAUCAGUCGCAGGCGUUAUCUUGCCAAAACUGACGAGCUCUUCGCUGAAAGGGAUAUCGAUGGCAUAAAGCUCCAAAUCUUGAAUCGGCUGCUGAGGUUAUGGACAGUGUGUGACAGUGAAAAGCGAAGAAGAAAACAAAUUUCUCGCCUUGUUCAGUUGAGAAGCCACCCGGUCACCAAGGCCUUGAUUGCUCAAGAGCGCUUCUGGGAGUUUAAAGACUUAAUCGUGGAGUUAACAAACUAUGACGUUGAGGGGGCAUGGCUCAAUGUUUUCUUGAGCUCGUAUGGCGAUGAUACCUCCCUUCGGGUGCUGAUUGAGGACUGGACUUUGGGGCCCUACGAUGAAUCCUCUUAUUUGGCGCUGCUCGACAUUCUAGUGGCAUUUUCUGGAUAUCCUGUCUCGAAGCAACCGGCCUCGGACAAUAAAAGCUUGCCAGCAUUCGGACGCAUCCUCCAAUGGGCUCGUCAAGUUGCCAAUACUAUCGAGGCCCAAAGCCCGGGCCUGGUCAAGUCACGGCCAUAUCUUCGCUGGAUCUUAGCAGAAGCAGAGCAUAGCCGUCGACUUGAAGGAGACGUGCUCCGGCGACAUCUUUCUCGGUUCCCAGGUGUGACGGUCUACAGAAGCCUGCUGCCGAUGUACAUCCCGAGCACUUGUGAGAAUCCUGGAUGGCCUGCGGUGCAUGCGCAUCCACGGUAUACCAAGCUUGUCCAGAUUGCACUCCACGCGGCUCAAGAAAAUGGGGAUUACCAAACCGAGAUCCUAUGCCUGCAGGAGUUGAUAUGUCGAUCUUCACACCCGCAGGAAUUGUUCGAGCAGCUGAUGCAACGACAAAAAGUAGUGGAGGGCAGCUCGAUUGCAUACCAGCAAACCCGCGUGUCAACGUAUCUAAUAGGAAACAAGGGAAGCUCGGAAUCACUGGGGACCUUGCUAAAUGAAUACCAUUUCGGUGACUCUCCUACCCAAGCUAUUUCACGUCGAGCUGAAGAAGGGCUCACCCCGUGGUGCUAUGCCAUGCUGCGACGGGCAUAUGCCAUCUACGAGGGGCAGAAUAAGGAUAAAACAGAAACCGAGGCCUUUUGCCUUUUAUCAGGAAUUCCCCGUGAUAUUUCUUCCAUUGUCCAUAGGAAAGCCAUACUUAUAUCCAGGCGGCAGCGCCGAAUCUCGAUCACUAUCGGCAGUGACCUGAGUUCCGACUCUGACGUGGAGUAUUUUGACUCCCGCGACAGCAGAAGGCAAGCUGAAGCUGGUUCUUCCAGGGAGAGGUCUAUACGUCAUAGCAAGAUCCCAGAAGCUCCAAAGCCCACUAAUAUUCAUCAGCUAUCGAAACCUGCUAUUAAUUUUUCCAAAUACGAUCCGCCUCGUUCCACUCGCCAGCGUUCCAUUGAAUCAGACAAACACAUCCACAACAGCACCAAGUUAACGGGCGCAGACGAGGGCAUUCAAACCAAGGAUCAAAAUGAUAAACAUACCGCAAAGCCGUAUGGAAUUGGAGAUGAAUUAGACAUCAAGGGAGCCCCAAAAAAUUCCAGUGCUAGGAACCUAGAUCCAGCUGAAGAAGAUGGAUCACAAGAACCGGGGCGGCCUCCAACAAGCCUUCUUGAAGGUAGACCGCCGAUGCAGCCACAAGUCGACGAGAAAUCACCUUCGCCUCCAGAGUUACCAUAA